GAGCAGAAAAUGUCCCUGGAGGACUACGAGAGACAUUUCGACUCGCUGAAUUCUGAUUUGGGCGGCGGGCCCGUCAGCGAGCGAUCAGCUUCAGGCUCGUUCAACAGCGAGGAGGAGAAGCUGCAUUACAUUCCCAUCAGGGUGCUGGGGAGAGGCGCGUUUGGUGAAGCCACUCUGUACAGAAGAACAGAAGACAACUCUCUGGUUGUGUGGAAGGAAGUGGACCUGAACUCGCUCUCAGAAAAGGAGCACCGGGAUGUCAUGAAUGAAAUUAGCAUCCUCUCCAUGCUGGAGCACAACAACAUCAUAGCCUACUUCAACCACUUCAUGGAUAAAAACACUCUGCUCAUUGAGUUGGAGUACUGCAAUGGAGGAAAUCUGUACGACAAAAUUGUUCAGCAGAGGGGGAAACUUUUCCCUCAGGAGAUUGUUAUUUGGUACCUGUAUCAAAUCACCUCAGCAGUGGCCUAUAUUCACAAGGCUGGAGUCAUACACAGAGACAUAAAAACUAUGAACAUUUUCCUCACCAAGACCAACCUCAUUAAGCUGGGUGACUACGGCCUCGCCAAGAAGCUAGGCUCCGAGUUUUCGAUGGCAGAGACCUGUGUAGGAACUCCAUAUUACAUGUCGCCUGAACUGUGUCAGGGUGACAAGUAUAACUUCAAAUCAGACAUUUGGGCCAUGGGUUGUGUACUUUUUGAAAUGUUAGCCCUCAAACGAGCCUUUGAUGCAACGAAUCGUCUAAACCUCUGUGUGAAAAUAGUCCAAGGAAACUGGACUAUGGAAGUGAACUCGGAUGUUUACUCCAGUGGAUUGAUCAAGUUGGUGUAUGAUUGUCUCAAUCAAGAUCCUGCAGAGAGACCAACAGCUGAGGAGAUUCUGGAUCAGCCGUUUAUUUCGUGCUGCCGACGGGAUUUUGAGGAGCAAGUUGUCCUGCUUAAUUUGGCGAUGAAGAGGCCAAAGCUGAGCACGGUGACGGAGACUCCUGUUGCUGUGGUGACUACACGUUCGAGGGACGUGUACUUUUGGGGAGGAGGAAAAUUUACCCCGCAGAAGCUCGACUCGUUCAAAGGAGGCAGCAGCGCUCAACAUGUGUGUGCAGGAGAGAGUCACUUUGCAGUGGUGACGGUGGAAAAAGAGCUGUUUACCUGGGCUAAUGUGCAAGGUGGGGCCAAGAUGGUGGGCCAGCUGGGGCACGGGGACCAGGCCUCUUACCGUCAGCCGAAGAGGGUGGAGAAGCUUCAGGGGAAGGCCAUACGUCAGGUGGCAUGUGGGGCUGACUUCACUGCCUGCGUGACUGAUGAAGACCAGCUCUACAUGUUUGGGUCAGACUAUUACGGCUGCAUCGGAGUUGAGGGCGAAAUGGGCUCUGAGAUUUUGGAGCCAGUGUUUCUAGAGUUUUUUGAGGAGCGGCGUGUCCACCAGGUUUCCUGCGGAGACAACCACGUCGUGGUGCUGACUCAGGAUGGCAGCAUUUACUCUUGGGGCUGUGGAGAAUAUGGACGUCUCGGCCUGGAGUGUGAGGAUGACUUCUCAUCUCCAAUGCAAGUGACAAUUCCUAGAGGUGCCGCCAUCUCCUCUGUGUCGUGCGGCUGCGAUGGGACUUUCUUCCUGACGGAGAGCGGCAAAGUCUUGGCGUGUGGAAACAAUGAAUUCAAUAAGCUAGGGUUGAACCAGGGAUUCUCUGGCAUCAAAAACCAUCCUGGAGAGGGUUACCAGGGUAUACCAUACAUCACCACGCUGACCUUGGUAAAACAGCUGGCACGCUUCAAGAUCCAAGUCAUAGCUCCAGGGAAGACUCACACAGCUGCCAUUGAUGAACGAGGGCGUCUAAUCACAUUCGGCUGCAACAAGUAUGGGCAGCUGGGUGUGAAGGACUUCAAGAGGCACCAAGGUGUUCAAGUUCUUGUUGGAUCAUUAGGAGGGAAGACGGUGACUAAAGUGUCUUGUGGAGAUGGAUUCACCAUUGCAGCCUCUGAGGACAAUCAUAUCUUUGCAUGGGGAAACGCAGGAAACGGGAGACUUGGAAUGCCUGCAGAUAAAAGAUUCGGCUCAGAGGUUUGCCCUGCCAUGCCAAGACCCAUAUUCGGUUCCCUCCACCAUGUGCCUGACCUCUCUUGCCGUGGCUGGCACACCAUUAUCAUAAUGGAAAAAGUGCUCAACUCAAAAACCAUCCGCUCAAACAGCAGUGGACUAUCAAUCGGGCUUGGCCAAGAGGUGUCUGCGUCCACGGUGGAACUUAACCUAGAGCCUGGAUUGGAGACGGACUCUCGCAAUGGGAAUCUUGGAGGUACGCGGGAGAUUAACACAGAGGAAGGGGUCGUGGAGACAUCGAUGAUGUCAUUUGGAAAUCAGACCGGGAACAGUUCUUGUCCUCUGUGGCUUAAAAAGGAGCUGGAGGACGCAGAGUUCAUCCCGAUGCCGGAGGAGUCGGAUCAACCCAUCCAUGAUCGGCUCUCCUCGUUCUCCGAGAGCGUCACUCGGCCAUACGAGGAGCUGAAAGAGCUCAAGGCAGCGGCUGAAGCAGUCAGCAGUCAGAAAGGCCUAUCGCAGACUAGGCAAAUGAGCUUUGAGAAAGUCAGUGGGUUGGAUGACGACGUCUUUAAAAAAGAAGAGUCCGGUGCGUGCUGCGGUGCAAGUAUCGAAGUGGCUCAGCUGAGAGAAACGGUCACCCGUCAAGAGCAGAGGAUCGAGCUGCUUGAAAAGCAGGUCGGUGAGCAGCAGAAGGAGAACGAAAGGCUCUGGGCAGCCAUUAAUCGUUCAGCACAGCAAGAAGCAGGGCGUGACGGUAACAGAAAUCAUCACUCUGUGCCAAGCAACGGAGGAGGUGAAAGACGACUGACGAAUCACGGAGGCAGAUCUGCAGGAGCCAGUGCGUGAAACCAAAACUCCUGAGAUUUCCUGGUCAAGAGUGCUAAGUCCUACGGUUACUCGCUAUUGCAUAUGUGACAUGCAUCACACUCGGUUCCUACUAGCUUCUGUGGACUGAACCGUUGGCUGGAUUCAGCACGAAUCACCAGACCUUAAAAUCAGCAGGACACAAUCUGACCAGUAAUAAGCUGCAGCGUAGUGCGUCGAGGUUUAGUGGUUUCAGCAUCGAGUCUACGUCCCCAAUGUCUCACAUGUUAGUAUUUAUCA